AUGACCAAUUCGUUACAAGUGCGUGAUCUCUCAUUCCUCCGCUCCCACGCUUGGCAUGAACAUAAUGCGAUCCGCAGUAUUUCCUCCGGUUAUGAUUUCCUCUACACACUACUCCGUACACACACUGAGCAUGACAUGACGCGCUUGGAACAAGGAUAA